AUGAACUUCCAAAUUGGAGGUGAUAAUUUGAGUUGCAACAUGAACUCAAGUGAGAGCAUUGGGGUUCGGAGGAAGAAGAGAUGGUUCUCCCCAAAGUGCUAUUGCGGGUCUCAUGCUAUUCUAUUUAUGUCUGGGACUGAAAAUAAUCCGGAUAGAUUAUUCUUUCGUUGUCCUUAUUUCAAGACUAUAGAAGUUCAUUGCUCAUUCUUUGCAUGGCUAGAUGAUUAUGUUGCUUCAUUUAAUGAGUAUGCUGGGAAGACAAUGUCAAAGGGGGUAUUGUUGCAAAAGCAGAAUCCGUUUGAAGGAGAGAGUGAUGCAAUGGAUGACAAAGUGAAAAAGCUAGAGGAUAGGUUGAUUGGAUUAGAGAACGAAUUGGAGAAGUGUAGAUUAAAAACGAGUGGAACAGCCAUCAUCUCGACAAAUAUUGUGCUCCCUGUGGUUCUUAGAGUUGCUGUACCAGCUACUGGCUUAGUGCCUUGA